AGCCGCUGUUUACUCGGGUCAACAAAAGUUCACGAAUUAUAUUGUGGAUUGUGAUAAGCCGGGCAAUAUUCGACUUUCAUCCCGAUUGCCGGGCAUUAAACGUAGCGUGUGUGUUUUCGAAUCCGAUCACUUGUCACCGAAACACCCCCGGGAACGGUUGGAAAAUUCAUCUCGCCGGCAGUUGCCUUCGUUUUUGACUGGGAAAAUAUGGUUUUCAUAACGAAAUUUGCAAGGAUUGGCCUGCAGGCCGCCCGCCAACUAAAUGCCACCCACCUUGGCAACGUCCAGGCUCGCGCCAUUCAUCUGACAAGCCUCCUCGCCAAAGAACGCCGAUACACAAACAAACACGAGUGGGUUGAGGUGGUUUCCGGCAGCAAUGCCAUAGUAGGCAUCUCCAGUUACGCCCAGGAGGCUCUCGGGGAUGUGGUGUUCGCCCAGCUCCCAGAACCCGGCACGGAACUCAAGCAGGAUGACGAAUGUGGGGCCCUGGAGAGCGUGAAAGCUGCUAGCGAGGUGUAUUCACCCGUUAGUGGCAAGGUGAUCGAAAAGAAUGCCGAGGUGGAGGACACACCGGCCCUGGUCAACAGCAGUUGCUAUGAGAAGGGCUGGCUCUUCAAGGUGGACCUAAAGAAUCCCAAGGAACUCGAAGCCCUCAUGACCGAGGAUCAGUACAAAGCCUUCCUGAGCAGCAGCGGGGAUCACUAGAACCAGCAGCUAAUCCUAACCCUAAAGCAUCUUGACUGUAGCCUUUCAAACGAGUAAACUAGCAUUUGUUAUCAGCUGAAAAACGCUACACUCAUACCCAAAUAUCACCAACCAAACUCAUCGCCAUACACACGUUGUUGUAGCUCUUGAAAUUUGUUACGAAUAAGAAUCAACAGUAAAUCCAAA